CCUCAGAUCUAUUACAAAAUGUCGAAUAAUCCCUCGCCCUCCGGACUCUCAUUGCCCCCUAUGGACCGGUCUUCUUCCUCGGCCUCACAAUCUUUCAAUUCCAUUCUUGGUCAAUUGGCCAGUUCCCAUCUGACAAAUCUGAUCCAGGGCCAUCAAAGCAUAUCCCAAUCAUCGCCUGCACCCGUACAUCGCGACCCUACAUGGUUACAUACGUUACCCAGAGAACAACGCCCUCGUUUGGACCCCUUUCAAGACAGAAUCGUGAAUGGGAAUAGGAAUUUCCAGAAUACCAUGCCAGCCCAAUCAAACCGACGUUCCAGGCCAGAAUUGUCAGUGUUUGUGGGACCUUUGCCCCCUGAUGUCACUUGCGACGAGAUUCAGGUCCUCCUUCGACCGCAUCAACCGAAAGAAAUCUCCCUACGUCCGGUGGGCAGAACUGUCUACGGUCACCGUCGCUCCAUUGCCGCUGAAGUAGCUUUCCGUACCCUCGAGGAGAGGCGAGCAUGUCUGGCAGAAUUUGAACGUUCGGACCUGCACUCUCGAAGGUGGCCCAGACCGAUCCGAGUAGAACCCUUUCGCUCCAAUUCAUCACAUUCCACAUCUUCCAUCCCCGAAGCUCGCAGUGAAAGCCUAGUUGUUUCCGAUCCAACGUCGCAUUCAAGGGAAGAGGAAGGAAUUUUGGAGCCUCUCUCUGACGGGAGCAUCCGAGACACUCGCUUGGAGAAAAAGCGAUGUAACAUACGUGAUCGUCAAAACAUUCAAGAUGAACGAAAUGUGAAAGGACAGACUUAUAGGCUUUUGGCCGAGGGCCUCGAGCAACAACUCUUGGCCGAGCAAAAGACUAAAACCGCCCACGAGAAGGCUAUUCGAAAUAGCCAAAAAGGCGUCGAGGCAUGCAAGAGGAGAAUCCACGAACUCUGCAGGUCGGAGGAUUCUUUGAGGGAAGGGUAUCAACGCGCCAUGGAUGACUUGGACGAACGAACCGCAAACCUCUUGGUGGAAUGGAAAACUCUACAAGAUGAUGCCACUCCAGAAUCGGCCUCGGCCGAGACUCCCAUAUUGGCUGAUGCCAAAUUUUCGGUCGAACCGGAAAUCGAGUGCAUAGUGUGUGUCGAGCCCAUGUUGGGUGCUAUUUUCCAAUGCUGCAAUGGACAUUGUGUGUGCAACACGUGUUUUGAACGUAUGACUCACUGUGCAAUGUGCAGAGUGAAACUUCACCGCCCUGGAAUCCGUUGCCGAUUAUUGGAGACUUUGGUGCAAAAGAUUAUGAAAAAUCCUACCAUUCCAAUUGAGAAAUCAUCAACAGACGGGAGUUGAUGUAGUAUUAACGCAUGUUUCUUAUGAGGACUAAGUAAACUCAACUUAGCCCGUAUGAGGGUAUCAAAUUUACCCCCUGCCAGCAACGAUAAUCCAGUCUUCUUACCCUCAUUGGUUAUGAAGCAACCAAGUCAUGAAAUGAGGCAAAUAAAACAAUAUUUGCGUUA